UGUAUAUAGUAGCAGCCAGCUUGUGAAGUGAGAUGUCAAUUUCCAGUGUCGUUUUGCCAGGAGAUGAGCUGGCAGCGGACAACUCGGUUGUUUUGGGACCAGGUACACGCAGGGACGAGCGUGGAACAUCGUACUCCACCGUUGCAGGGGUGGUCAGGGGGCGAGAGGGGAAGAAGAUAUGGGUGGAUUUCAACUCAAAACGAGUAGGGUUCUCCCCUCGUGCAAUUCUCUUUUAUUUACUGACUGAGAGUAGCUAGAUAGUCGAAACUCUGAAUAGAGGAAACCUCUUUAUAAGACACCUGGUACUAAUACACCUCUAUAGGACGUCAGUGAACUGUUUCGAUGUCACCCUUAUUUUGGGGCUCCUCCGCUGUAUUCUCUCUCUCUCGCAGUAUGUGGCGGUGAAGGGUGAGCGAGUGCUGGGUGUGGUGACAAAGACAGGGAGGGUGCACAGGGUGGACAUUGGGGCUGCUCAUCUGGCCUCCCUCCCCGAACUCGCCUUCCAAGGGGCCACUCGCAGAAACAAACCAGCACUCCAGGUUGGAGGGUUGGUGUAUGCGAUGGUGUCGCGAGCUCAUCCACAUUUGGAGCCCGAGAUCUCGUGUGUGGACGGAGGUGGCAAGUCAGAUGGUCUGGGGCCCAUCCCCACCUCCGGGUUCAUGAUCAGAUGCUCUCUGGGUCUCUGUAGAAAGUUGCUGGCUAAACCAAGUCCCGUAUUGAAGGCCCUGGGAGCAAGACUAAAGUAUGAGUGUGUAGUGGGAGUGAACGGCAGGGUGUGGGUCAAGGCUGCAGAUGUGGCUCAGACUAUCAUUGUCGUGAACGCCGUCCGGAACAGCGAGUUCAUGUCGGAAGAACAGUGCCGCCAAAUGGUGGAACAGAUGCUAAAAGUUGUAGCAUUUCAGAUUAUGUCACCGUGUUCUAAUUAUACGUUAGCGUUGUCUCCGUGUGUAAUUUUGAAAUCGAUGAUCGCAAAAGCGAGUGCAUGACUUCACUUGAGCAAGCCACAGCUAGCUAGCUGUGGAGCAACGGCCAAGAAGGAGAACUCGAGAAGCUUACCUAGCUCAGCCGACAGCCCCUGCCUUGACGGAUGGCCGCCAGGUAUGGGGAGGGAGACGGCGGCAGCAGCCACGAUAGACGAACUGUGAGACGCACUGUGAGCGUCAACGACGCGGUACCACUAAAGUCCCGCCUCUACUCGGCGUGGUAUCGCUUCAGAUACGGUUGGCAGUUUCAGUCUAGUAUCCCGCUGGACAAGAGUCCUGUUUGGCUACUGGGCCGGUGCUACCAUGCGGAGGACCCUCUCGAGCUGUCUGACGAGCUGGGAAAAGAAGGGGUCCCCCCUCACAUUGUCCAGCUGAUGGACCACUAUUCCUCGCUGACCUGGAUGACCUAUCGCACACAUUUCCCUCCCAUAUCCGACACGCUCCUCACGACAGACUGCGGCUGGGGCUGCAUGGUGCGCAGUGGACAGAUGCUACUGGCCACUGCUCUACACUACCAUCUCCUCAACAGAGACUGGAGAUUAUCGACAAGUACUGAGAGAGACAGAGCAACUCAUGCACAGAUUCUCUCCUGGUUUGCCGACUCCCCGCAAAAGCUGUGUCCGUUUUCUCUGCAUUCUCUCAUGAGACAGGCCGAGGUUCAGGGCUACAGACCUGGAGACUGGUACGGUCCCUCACAGAUCGCCUCCAUCAUGACCCGGUGUCUGGAGAUAGCAAAGAACGAGCAUCCAAACCUCAGAAAUCUCUCGGUCUACCUCGCCCGGGACUGCACAGUGUAUGUAAAGGAUGUCGAGCGACUGUUUGAAAUUAACGAUGGGGGCUCACUCCUUUUGCUGGUGCCCAUACGGCUCGGAGGGGAGUCAUUGAACCCCAUAUACAUCCCUUGUGUCCAGAAUCUGCUGAGUCUGGACCACUGCAUUGGCAUCAUUGGUGGCAAACCAAAGCACUCUGUGUACUUUGUCGGGUUUCAAGAUGACAAGCUCCUGAACCUUGACCCACACUUCUGCCAGCUAGCAGUCAGCAUCAACUCCUCCGACUUUGACAUUCGUUCCUACCACUGCCGGAGUCCGCGGAAACUCACCGCCUCCAAGAUGGAUCCUUCCUGCACCAUCGGCUUCUUCUGCCACUCCAGAGAAGAGUUCCACGUCCUGCGUCGCAAGACUGAGCCUGUGCUGGCUCCACCGAAGCAGAAAGGUGUCUACCCUUUCUUCACGUUUGCCGACAUGUCAAUGGGCGACGUCAUCACUGACUCCGCCCUCGGACAAUUGGACAUUUCGACUCUCGGCAGCGGGAGCUCGCAUCAGAGUCACAAUACGGGUGACUCCCGUUCGUUAGGCGCUGAUUACUCCGACGACGAGUUCCUGGUGGUAGAAUGUAGAACUAAUGCAGCCGGGACUCUAACAGCGUCCCUCCUGGCGCCAGUUUCUCCACAUCAGGUCAGGAGGGACGGAGAGACAACGGAGGACGGAGGCUCCAAGAUGCAGCACAUCACUCUGAAUGGAUCCAACUCUACAUGUGCUGACAAUUUGAAAACUUGAACGACGGAAUGUGUUCUUUUUUUUUAUUUGUCCUUCGUGUGUGAAUUUUCUCUCUGUGUGUGUACUAUUUAUUGUUGUUCCUUUUCCGUCCUCACAAAAUGUUUGUUUAUCCCCUCAUUACAGGCACAUGCACAUGCACAUUAUUUUGCAGUUUAUGCACGGCUGUUUUCUAUGGUGGCCCAUUGGGGAGAGAAUUUGCAGUUAUUGUGUGUUCACGCACGAAUGCU